UGUCUGUUCGUCUUCGGUUUCACCGGCCGUCUUCUCUCCCUGGCUCCCCAAAGGUCUGCAGUCUCUGAUCAUUCCCUGUACUAUGUCUGCAGUCUCUGGUCAUCUCCUGUACUGUGUCCGCAGUCUCCGGUCCUCUCCUGUUUUGUGUCCGCAGUCUCUGGUCGUCUCCUGUACUGUGUCCGCAGUCUCCGGUCGUCUCCUGUGCUGUGUCCACAGUCUCCGGUCAUCUCCUGUACUGUGUCCGCAGUCUCCGGUCAUUCCCUGUACUGUGUCCGCAGUCUCCGGUCAUUCCCUGUACUGUGUCCGCAGUCUCCGGUCAUCUCCUGUACUCCUGUACUAUGUCCACAGUCUCCGGUCAUCUCCUGUAGUAUGUCCACAGUCUCUGGUCAUCUCCUGUACUGUGUCCGCAGUCUCCGGUCAUUUCCUGUACUGUGUCCGCAGUCUCCGGUCAUCUCCUGUACUAUGUCCACAGUCUCCGGUCAUCUCCUGUAGUAUGUCCACAGUCUCUGGUCAUCUCCUGUACUGUGUCCGCAGUCUCUGGUCAUUUCCUGUACUGUGUCCGCAGUCUCCGGUCAUCUCCUAUACUGUGUCCGCAGUCUCCAGUCAUCUCCUG